ACAGCUUCAGAAACAGGAAAGCUAAUGAAACCUUAAAAUACUAAUUGUUAGUACUGAUUCUGCCAGGACGUUAUGAAAAAGUCACUCAAAAGGUUCCUUGGUGUCUCUGAUCCAGCCCUGGCCCCCUAGACCUGACCCAGGGGUGCUUUUGGAAGUAUUUGCUCCGCAACAGCAUGCAGGUCCCUGAUUCCGCUGCCUCCAAUUCCCCGGACAAGCAAACCUUUAAUCGACUAGGACAAAACCCGGCAUUUUACCAUUUGAAGUCGGGGAACAAGCAUGACUCGUUCUCAGGGGUUCCGACUGUUUCCCCCAGCAACUCGCGGCACUGUGCUCGCACGAAGAAGCAGUACCUGAAGCAGGCGUCCGCAGACUUCUCGUUCUCCAAGGAAGUGCUGGAGCAGUGGGGACUGCCCAGCUUGCCCUACAGCCAGUAUAACUUUGACCACAUCUACAACACGGAAAACAUCAUCUCCAAGGGCACGGAGUUCCAAGCUCGGAAGGCUCCCAAAUUCAGCCGGCAGUUUUCUCCAUCUCUCAUGGACCUGCCAUCCUUACCGGCCCUCCAACCCAUAACCAAAGGGAUUCAGGGCCCAAAGAAGUACAAACUGAGGCAGUCUCAGAAAGAAAGCUCCCUGGGUGAUGCUCUGGCUCGCUCUUUCUCCUGUCCCGCGUCGGAGAUUAUGGAGUCCCAGUCGCCAAUUCUGCUACCCAUCACCGACUGGAGAGCGGACCCAAGAGAGCCGUGGCUUAAAUCAAUCGAGAAAGAGACCAGAGGGUGGGAGAACAUUGUGCUCAAAAAGUUGAGCAAGCGCACAGCUCGCUGGAUCCAAAACAAGAAAACCCUGCGGGCCACGGGCCCCUCCAGCAAGUGGCAAAAUUUCUUGAGACAUCAGUAUGACUGGAGCCACAUCCGGGAUGAGCUUUCUUCUCCCAGUGACCUGGAGCUGGUGACUCAGCUUGAGGCUGAAGAGGUAGCCGAGUUUGAGGGCGUGGAUAUGGGCACUUCAACCGAAGAAGGAAAUAAACCAGAGUUACUGCUUCCCGAGUAUUACAGAAUUCCUGCUUACCUACCAAUUAAGAAGAAAUCUGAGAUGACGGUGGGCACCAAUAAGACCGUUGAGGAUAUAAUCACUGAACGGAGCCUUUUCCGGGUCCCACCAGUACAAAAAUUUCAGCAGAUAAAUCCCAGAGCUGGGAAGUAUGCUUAUUCCACGGACAAUGUCUUUGAACAGGAGAUUUACUUUGACUUAGUUCACAUCAUCCAUCAGAGUGGAAUAAAGGAUGAUGAGAUCGUUUUGGAAAACCUCAACCACUACUGUAAACACUUGCCAAAGGCCUUCCCAAAAGGCCCAGAAGAAUGGAAUUAUGAGCCACAACCUCAAAGAGUUUCUAGGCCCACAAGGGGAGCCUUCCGUUGGACAGCUUUGCCCACUCCAGCCAAGGACCUCCUACAAUUGAGCCAAGAGACUAUUGGCAAGACCAGAAGAGUAAAGAAGGAUUUUUCCCAAAAAGUUGAGAAAAAUGUGUCCUGGGAGAUACAAGUCCUCCGGAAAAUGCUGCAAGAAUGGAAGAAUGCCUGGUUUUUAACUAUCCGGUGGCAAGAUGCUACAGUGGAGGGACUGCUACGAAGCUUGAAAAAUGUGCAGGAUGAGAUAAAGAUUGAAGCCAUCAUCACUUGUGCCUCAGCUGCUGUGGAACGACCUCGAUUUGAAGUCGUUGUGGAAGAUUCAGACAGUGAAGAGAUUGAUAGUCUGCCUGUCGAUGAGAUACCAAAGGAACUACAGCCUCUGAUCAAGGAAGCACUAACACAUAAGAAAGCCAAUGUGCGCAUGGCAGCAGCUUUGUGUCAGUACGCCAUCCGAGCCCAUGACAGCCAAGCCCAAAACAUCAUGCAGGAUGCCCUGGCAAAAGGCAACGAUGCUGAUAGCUGGGCAGCAGCCCAGUGCCUGGCUUUGGACGGGGUUGCUUCUUUUGCUGUGGUGAAGAGAAUCCUCUUUCAACUGUUUUACAGAAAAGAUAAGGAAACAGAGGAACAAAGUUGUGUCCUAUUGAGUCAUCUCAGCAAUAAGACAAGCAUGAUACAUACCCUCCUUGCUGUGGAACUGAACAGCUGCCAAUGGGAAGACAGGAUUGUGGCCUGCAGAGCUCUCUCCCGGAUCAGUGGAAGGUCUGUCAACCAGGACCUGAAAAACAAGUUGGUCCAACUGAUGUGGAAUGAUUGGAACUGGGGUGUACGCCAGGCAGCUGCCCAAACCCUUGGGCGGAUGAAAUUGGGAAAGGAGGUGCAUGAUAAAAUCAGAACAAUGCUGGGUCAAGGAAACUCCCAGGACCGAGUCGAUGCCCUCUCCCUGAUUGGUUGGUUGAAGCUUAUGACUGCCAAGUUGCUUCCUGAUUUCCUUAACUGCUUCAAUGAUGACUUUGUGGCUGUCAGGAGGGAAGCCUGCCUAGCAGCUGGUGCACUCAGGAUAAAAGAUAAAAUGGUCUAUGACAGCCUCAUGAAGUUGGUACAUAGUGAUCCAUACUGGAAAAUCAAAGCUUUUGCCAUCAGAGCUUUAGGAAUGAUUGGGCAAGUAAGUCCCCAGCUAAUAGAUCUCUUGCUCUGGGCUAUCCACUAUGAGGAUGAGCCAGGGGUGCGUUUGGAAGCCUGUAGAAGCAUCCUUGCCCUUCAACUUCAGGGAGACCAAAUCCGAGACAUCUUCCUAGAUGUACUCCUCCUGGAGAACCAUGAAGCUGUUCUUCGGGAAAUAAACACUGCAAUGAAGAUUCUUAACUUAAAAGAUAGAGGAAACCAAGUGAUGCUUCAAAUGAUCAAGAAAAAGAUUUCUGAACUAAAUCAGAAAGAGUUGAUCACCAAUAAAAUAAUGAAGAUUGAGGAAAUUGCAGAAACUAUUCGGCAGGAAACAAAAUACAUCUAUCGUAGUCGUCCCCAAAAAGAUAUACCAUCCCAUAUUGUAGACUUUUUCAAAGAUGCUUUUCAAGAUUCUGACGUCCCUUUCACUCUGUCAGCUUCGGAUACCUGUGACAUGGAAAAAGCCCUAGCGCCUCUACCAGCGUCACCUAUACCAAGUGCCUACAGUAAAAGUCCCAUCUUUGAAAAGAAGAUUCCUAAAAGAUUAAUACUCAAUAAACGUCUAAAAACCAUCAGGGAAAAAAGGAUUGCUUUGGGACCAUUUCAUAAGACCAAAUAUUCAUCUAAAAUUGAAUAAAAGCCAAGGAAGGAAAGAAAACUGACCUUUCUAUCAUCUCCUGGGUAGAGGAAAAAAAAUCUUUCGUCCAGACAACUUCAACCCAUCAAGAAGAUAUGUGACUAUACAUAGAUACUGAGAGAUAGCUUUGGCUUCAAAGGAAUCUGUCUCAUCAUUCUGUAUUAUCUGUUUGGUCACUAUGUUUAUAAACUGGAUGCUGAAGAGGAA